UUGAGAAGCAAAGCCCAUACAUUACUGGAGGAAUUUUCUGUAUCCAUGCUGGCAGAGAGCAUGCGUGGAAUUUGUACUUCGGGUAAUGCCCCUGACGAGAUUAGCUGCCGAUGCAUUCGGUGUGGUGACAAUUCGCCUUGUUUCUCUUUUGACUCUUCUCGGUUUUCUUUGCAUCAUUUACUCGUGUUACUUCCGCACUCGCAUCCAUAGCCAAGGUUUCGUUCAACUUGGUUAUUUUAGCGGUCCUUGGAUUAUCCGAAUCAUAUUUAUCUUGUUUGCAAUCUGGUGGGGUUUUGGUGAGAUUAUUCGGUUAAGUUUGCUGAGAAGUGAGGGAAGAGUAUUGAAUGCUCUUAACUUGAAAUGGCAGGAAACAGUCUGCAAGUAUUACAUUGUUUCAAAUCUGGGGUUUGCCGAACCUUGCCUGUUCCUCACCAUUGUGUUUCUACUUCGUGCACCCUUACAGAAGAUGGAGUCGGGGAUUUUAAGCCAGAAAUGGAAUGGAAAAACAGCUGGUUAUGUUUUUCUCUGUUGUCUCCCAGUGUUUGCUCUCCAGCUCAUUGUUAUUUUAAUUGGACCCGACUUUAACAAGGGCCCUUCAUAUUUGGGAGUUGAUUCGAUGAUUUUGGAGGCAAUUGUUGCGAAAAGUGUCAAAGCUGGGGAUGAGGUAUCUAAUACAUAUGGGUCUAUGGGUAGUGUUGAAUUGCUACGCAGAUAUGGAUUUACAGAGCCUGACAACCCAAAUGAUGUAGUGAUUAUUAAUCUUGAACUAGUGCUUCAUUGGAUUUCAGCUUUGUUCUCUGGUCGGCCUAGUAGAGGAAGGUUUUUCAUUGAGGUGGAGGUGGAAAUGAUAAAGGGAAGGGCCCCAUGACAGUCUGAUGAGCAAAAUGACAGUAGUUUAUGAUCCAGACAAUUCUGGGAACCAAAUUACCGAUCUUGCCCUUGACAUUAAAGCAG